AUGAAGCGCGUCGCCACCAACUGGGAUCCUCAAAAACAAACGCCAUUGCUAGGGUUUGACUGCGUGUCGCUAGGCCCAACGGAGUUCAAGGAGCUCUUCCGCAGGAAUUUCGGAGUGCUCCUGCACCCUAGGGAUCUGGGCGUUUUGGUGAGUAUGUACGACAAGCAGGGGGAAGGGCGAGCGGACAGCGCAGAGUUUUUGAAGGAUUUCUGGCAGAUAGGGAGGGACGAGCGCGAGCUGCAGGCACGGAAACGAAUGCAGAUGGUUCGCAAGCUCAACAUAAAGCAGAACGAACGGUUGAGAGAGCGGGCCGACCGCAGGUCGAAGGUGAAGGAAGUGGCCGUUGAGAAGCACACGGAGGAUCACGUGCGAUCGGCGAUUGCCAAAACCACCCGGGUUGCCGAGCGCUAUGUGGUAUCGAGGGAUCAGGGGUUUCGCCAGCUGGAAAGGGGAGGCAUGAUGGGGCCCACGACAUUUCGCGAGCAGCUGCGAACAAUUUUCGGGCUGCGGUUGACACGGGCCGAGGUGGGGGGUCUGAUAUCAGCAUUCGAUCUGCACCGUGAUGGUAUGGUGGACGCAAAGGAGUUUGCUUUCAGGUUUCACACCCUUGCGAGGGACAGCCACGCCGCUAAGGUCGCCGAAGGCCAAGCCCGGAACGAAACCGCGCGGAGAAGAAAUCGGGAGCAGGAGGAGGCGCUGCUGACCAAGCUGAGGGAGCAAUCUAAGUGCAAAGUUAACUGGAGCUUUUCCGAGGACGAGUUGAAGCGCGGGCUCAAGAUGAUCGCCGUCGCUGCUAGCACUUACGACAAGGCCCGGCUCGGUGCGGACAUCAACCGAAUAGCUCAGAUGAAGAUGGACCCGACGGCGUUCCGGGCGCAGCUGUUGAUGAAUUUUCGGGUGCGCUUGGGACCGGGGGAGCUAGGCGCGGUGUUUACCGCGUUCGACAAGGACAACAGCAAGCUCAUCGACGGAACAGAGCUGAUGCACGAAUUCUUUCGGAUGGGAAGAGAGGAGAGGGCCAAAAACCUGGCUGAAGCAGAGCGACAAAGACAUCGCGCGGAUUUGAAGGAGAAGAACUUUCGCCAAAGGCUGGAAGAUCGCUUCAUCGAGCAGACCGCCGCAAAGGUCGUAUGGCCUCGUCUGAUGUACGACCCGUUCGAUGACGACUACAACAUGGACGACCACGACCCGGCAACUUCCGUUGGGUCGACAACUCUGAGCAAGUCCGUCGGUGACAACAAGUCUCGAGGGCGCAGUAACAACGACAACAACAACGAGCCGGGGGACGUGUCGAGGGAACCGUCCGCGAGACGACGCAGGCGGCCCAAGAUAAGCGCCAGCACCGCGGAGUUUCUGGCUCAGAUCAGAAAGGAGGAGAUGACGAUCCGCGCCAUGACCUGUCGCGGGCGACGACGAAAGAACGGCGAUAGCAACCACCGCAACGGCGGUGGCGACGAUUCCUGCGAUCUUUUUUCCUACCCUGGAGGCCCACGGACGGCCACCGCAGCAGGCCUGCCUUCAACGUCGCCAGCCCGACCCAUGACGUCGUCGCUGAAGGGCAGUAUCAACAACGGCGACCCGAACCGCAACGUUCACACUAGGGCUGAAACAGCGGCGGCACGAGCACCUGGUCGCAGACGCGAGGUUAACCCCGAACAACGCGACAGCGAAGAGGAACCAGUGGGUGCGUCUUCUGCGGCGACCGAUGAUGCGGAGGAGCUCGCGUUGCCGCCGUCCCGCCUGAACCCAAGAGCCCUUGGCCACAGUGCCAGCUUCUCCACCGACGACGGGCGGGUUUCCACGGCGACGAGCGUGUCGACGGCACGCGGGUCCACUGCCCGUAGCAGCAGGGGUGGCGGGUCUCGAUCUUCCUCGUUCACGGCAAGCGGCAGAGGCUUUGAGCCGAACUUCGGACAGACAAUCUUCGAGCACGGCGGGGUGGUGGGAGGGGAUGAAGUGUGGUAG